UUGUUGGAAAGGGUUUCAAAAUCCCAACCCUCCAAUAGCCAUUGACCCCCUUGCUUCUUCUCGCCCACUGCAGCAAGCUCCGAUUUUUUCAUCAUUAUUCACCAUUGUUGAUUCAUCGAGAAGAUGCCCUCCGAGGAUUCGAAGCCCGCCGUCAAGAGGGUGAAGGAUGAAGAGGAGGAGGAGGACGAAGACGACAAGAGGAGCCUGGGCUCUAUCCUCAAGGAAAAAAACAGCAGAAGGGCUCCCAUUGGUGACAAUCAAGGAGCCAAGGUCAAGAAGGAGGAGCCCAGCAAUGGCGGCGGUAAUCCUUCUAAGGAGAAGGAGAAGCCCCCCAGAGUUGGUGGUUCUGCUGCUGGCGCCAGGGGAGCUAAAGUGAAGAAGGAAGUGAAGGAUGAGGACGUGGAUGAUGAUGAUGAUGUGCCCAUCGUGAAGAAGGCUUCGGCUGCGAAGAAUGAUAAGGCUAAAGUGAAGAAGGAAGUGAAGGGGGAGGACGAGGAUGAUGAUGAUGAUGAUGUGCCCAUCUCGAAGAAGGCUCCGAGUGCGAAGAAAGAUAAGGAACAGAACAAGAAGAAGGUUAAGGAAGAACCCAAGAGGAAGAUGGUGAAACAAACUGUGGAAAAUGGAAAGAAGAGAGAGAAGAAAGUCUAUGAUCUGCCUGGCCAGAAGCGGGAUCCUCCUGAGCAAAGAGACCCAUUGAGGAUUUUCUAUGAGACACUGUAUAAGCAAGUCCCCAACAGCGAAAUGGCACAAUUCUGGAUGAUGGAGUCAGGACUUCUUCCCAAGGAAGAGGCUAAGAAAGUCUUUGAAAAGAAGCAAAAAAGAAGUCAGGCACAAAGGCUUGGUUCCCCGGUGAAGUCUGUUGCUUCAGUGAAGAGAAGCUCUCAGACUACCGCCACUGUUAAGAACAAUUUGCCAUCUUCUCCACUGUCCUUGAAUAAAAAGACAACCAACGCGAAGGUCUUGACGAAGCUGGUCAAGAACCGGAAAGACGAAGAUAGAAGCUUUGACAAUGACUCAGACGACGACUUCGUGUUGUCUAGCAGAGUGUCUAAGAGACAGAAGGCAGCUUAACUUGGUUGACUGGUUACUGCUUUGGCUCAUUGUUAUAGUUCAAAGUAUAAUUCUCGAUUAGGUAUUUUCUGAUUGUAUAGCACUCUAAUGAGGCUCUUACUGAUUGAAUUCUAUCUGAAUCCAAUGGAUGACCAUUUUAUAAUUAUGAGGAGUUCUUCGUUUGCAUC